AAUUAAUCAAAGACAAAUAAUAUUCGUUUAAACAUUUUUUGUUUCAUUGAAUGCAUCGUUGAAAAUCCUUCAACUGGUGUGUUCAAAUAAAUAAAGUUUUUUAAAAAAAUAUUGGAUUUUCAAUAGAAGGAUUUUAAUUUUACCGGAUUAAUUUGAAUCAAUUAAAGUGAAAUAAUAGAUAUGACCGUGCAUGUACCAUAUAGUGCUUGGAGUGAACAGUGUCGAGCACUACUUGAAGUUCAUUCAAAACUAGAUGCUCUUUGUGUUUGCGAUCAUGGAAGUCGCGUACUAGGAAGUGCAUUUAAAAUCCCGGAAUUCGCAAGUAUAACUAAUUUGAGUACAAAUCAAGUUCGUGCUAUACGUUUGGUUAUGGCAAAAAUUGGUACACAAAAACUAAAUAUUGAUUUUUUAAAUGAUCGUUUUGUUGUUAUUGAUGCAAACAAUGAAAUGUUAUCAGCUAAAUCUGGUAAAAAAAGUUUAUUUGUUGAAUUAACUAAAACAUUAUGUGUAUUCGGUUUGUCAAUGGAUACAGAGACUGAAAAUAAACAUGCAACUGCGCUUGAAGCAAUGCGAGAUAUACAAAAGUAUUAUGAAGAUGCAGAAUUUUAGCUUAUCAAUUGUUUACUUAUUAUACAUGUACAGUUGACAACUACAUAUCAUUUCUCUCAUAUUAUGAUAAUUGUGAAAGC